CUUCUCAAAAUUUGAGCUCUCAUUACUCCACGCCACGUUGUACACAUUCUACUUCAAAUUUCAAAUGCAAAUUGCUUGAUGGGUUCUCUCCCUUUUCUCCAUACGAAGGCAACUUCUUACACUUUGAGUUACUGUUUCGGAGCCUAUGUUUUUAAUUUUACGGGUUCAAUCAAGUUUUAGGCAAUUUCGGGUUUGAAAUUUUUGAGCUUUCUUCACAAUGAGAGAGGAAAAUCAAGAUCAAACCAAAGCAGUGAAGUUUGCUGAUCAAAAUCAAGCUCCAAACAAGCCUCAGAGUGGAAAAAAUGGAGGUGUUAAUAAUUCAAAACCUCGGUCUUCAUGGGGGUCAAACAUUGUCAAAGGCUUCACAGCUGAUAAAAGAAACAAAUUGCAAAACACUGUUGUUAUGAGCAAGAAGCUUCCUUUAUCAAACUCAGAUGUUGCCAGCCAAAACGGCUCGAUUGUCUCUUCACAUUCGCGGGUAAAAAGAUCCUUAAUUGGGGACUUAUCUUGCUCUGUGAACCCAGCUCAAAUUCACCCGCAUUCAUAUCAAACUCACAGGAGGCAAUCUUCAGGGUCGCGGGAUUUGUUUCUUGAGUUGGAUAGUUUGAGGAGCUUGCUUCAAGAGUCUAAAGAGAGGGAGUUUAAGUUGCAAGCUGAGUUGUCGGAGUUGAAAAGGAGUCCACAGAUAUUGGAGAUUGAGAGAGAGCUUGAAGUGAAGAAAAGUGAGGCUGACGAGCUGCUUAGAAGAGUUAGGUUGUUGGAAGAAGAGAAGACAAGUUUGGCCGAGCAAUUGAGUUUGAUUAUAGAGAAAAAUAAGGGUGAGAGUUUGAUGGUGGGAUCAUGUUCAAAGAAUUUGGAGAUGGAAGUGGUUGAGUUGAGGAGAUUGAAUAAAGAGUUGCAGAUGCAGAAGAGGGAUCUUGCUUGUAAACUCUCCUCUAUGGAGUCUCAAUUGACUUCUCUUGCUAAAGCUUCUGAGAGUGACAUUGUUGCAAAGAUCAAGGCAGAAGCAUCUCUGCUGAGACACACAAAUGAAGAUUUGUGUAAACAGGUUGAAGGUCUACAAAUUAGUAGGUUAAAUGAGGUUGAAGAGCUUGCAUACCUUAGGUGGGUCAAUUCAUGUUUAAGGGAUGAGUUGCAAAAUUCGGGUUCAACAGAGAAAGAGUCAAGCUUUGAUUCAGCUGAGAGUGUGUGUGAAAUUGUUGGUUUUCAGCCUUCACAGAACAAUGAAUGUCUGGAAUUUACUGUUGGCAAGAGGCUAAGUUUGAUUAAAAAGUUAAAGAAAUGGCCUAAUUCUGGUGAGGAUGUACCAAGCUUAGAAUGCCCUGAUAAUCUUAUAGAUAAAGCUUGGGUUGAAUUGGAGGAAGAGAGGAGUCCUCGAAGAAGACACUCUAUAAGUGGAUUAAAAUGCAGUGUCGAGGAGUUGACUUUACGUAAGAGAAGGCAAUCUGAUGGAUUCAUGUGUACAAAAGAUAUGGAAAAGGAAGAAGAGCCACUGGCUUCUCAAAAUUAUGAUUUUGGUAUAUUUCAAAGAUCUAAGCAAAUUUCUGAAAACUGCCUGAAAGUGAAUAAUAUUAAUAAAACUACAGGCACUUUUGAUGUUGAAAAAAGAGCUUUGCGCAUACCAAAUCCCCCUCCAAGGCCGUCUUGUUCUGUAUCCAGUGGGCCUAAAGAGGAAGGCUCAGCUCAAAUUCCACUACCUCCACCACCUCUGCUUUUGCCUCCUCCUCCUCCUCCUCCUCCAAAGUACUCAGUGAGGAGUACUGCUGGGCUGGUGCAGAGAGCCCCACAAGUAGUUGAGUUUUACCAUUCACUUAUGAAGAGGGAUUCUAGAAAAGAUUCUUCAAAUGGAGCCAUCUCUGAGGCCCCAGAUGUUGCAAAUGUUCGAAGCAGCAUGAUUGGUGAGAUUGAGAACCGGUCCUCUCAUUUGCUCGCUAUAAAGGCUGAUGUUGCUACACAAGGAGAAUUUGUGAAUUCAUUGAUAAAGGAGGUGAAUAAUGCAGUUUAUCAGAGCAUUGAAGAUGUUGUGGCAUUUGUGAAGUGGCUUGAUGAUGAACUUUGCUUUCUUGUGGAUGAAAGGGCAGUUCUAAAGCACUUUGAUUGGCCAGAGAAGAAAGCUGAUACAUUGCGCGAAGCAGCAUUUGGGUAUAGAGAUCUCAAGAAGUUGGAGACUGAGGUGUCAUAUUACAAGGAUGAUCCCAGAGUGCCUUGUGAUAUGGCACUAAAGAAAAUGGUUGCCUUGUCUGAGAAGAUGGAACGAACUGUUUACAACCUUCUCCGAACCAGGGAAUCCCUUAUGCGCAAUUGCAAGGAGUUCCAAAUUCCUACAGAUUGGAUGCUUGACAAUGGAAUAACCAGCAAGAUAAAGUUUGGCUCAGUCAAGUUGGCUAAGAAAUAUAUGAAGAGGGUUGCUAUGGAACUUCAGUCAAAGACUGGAAUGGAAAAGGAUCCUGCAAUGGACUAUAUGCUUCUACAAGGAGUGAGAUUUGCUUUCAGAAUUCAUCAGUUUGCAGGAGGAUUUGAUGCAGAAACAAUGCAUGCAUUCGAGGAACUUCGCAAUAUCGCUCACCAUUUUAACAAAAAGUAAAUAGAGAUUGAGAUGGAGGAUGAAAAAUAUUUUGGCUAACGAUCUCAGUGAGCUUAGCAUCUAUAAUACCAGUUUGGCUGCAAUGCAAGGCUGUGUCUGAUAUCGAUACAAAGGUUAGUUUGAUUUGUAAAUGUUUUAAGUGUGACAUUCUUAUGAUGCAAUGAUUUUCAAGCGUAAUCAAGAGUUGUAAAUAGGAUUGAAAGACUGCAAUCUACUUUUGUUACUUUCGGUGUGGGAGAGGAAGAAUUUUGUUCAAGAUUUGGGCUUUAUGCCUGUAUGCUUAUUGAAGAAAUACAUUUUUGUCCGUGCAA